UAAUAUUGUUGCCAGCAUGCAUGACUGUUUUUUUGUUUUUUUCGUGUGCUGAGUGUUGAUAGAUCUAUUUGUUGCAGGGUAGGUCUAUAGUUCUGUGAAGGUGUGCAUGAAGAGUGCAUGGUCACAGGGGAGAAGACAACCUAGAGGUGUUGAACACAUUCAGCGAUGCAUGUGCAUGGUGUGGAAUGCCAGCUGGGUCCAUCACCGCGGGGACAUCCACUUUCUCUCACGGGGAAACAACAAGGAUGGAGUCCAGACGUCUCCUUUUUGCUAUUUAUGCUAUGUUUCUACUAUCAACAUUUGCUCAAGGUCUACUUGAAAAUGUUCGAUGUGGUCAUCAACAAGAGAAGUGUGUAUGUAGCACCAGUGCCACUGAGUGUUCCUUUGAACUAGAUGUUGAAGAACUACAAACGUUCACCAGUUAUGAACUCCAAAAUGGUGAUGUGACUCGAGGCAUACCAGGACAUACAUACUAUUUGGAUAACAAUGCAUUCACACCAUCAAUUAAUUGUGAAAUGAAUGGUCGUUCUCUGCCAGAAUGUUCGCAGCACCGCUGCUCUAUUAAUAAUCAUUUAUCCUUGUCUGAUUUUCCCUUACGAAGUUGUAGUAUGCCAAUGACUGUGGAUGGAAGUACCUAUCGUCUCUUCAUUGCCGUAAACGGACGUAUCCCGGGGCCAGACCUCGUAGUUACAGAAGGACAACUUGUUAUGGUCAAUGUUACCAACAAUUUAAGAAGUGAAGGCAUUACUAUCCAUUGGCACGGAAUGCAUCAAAACAAAUCUUCCUGGAUGGAUGGUGUUGCCUUUAUUUCGCAGCCUCCUAUUGUUCCCGGUGCAAAGUUUACAUACAUUUUUGAGGCCACUCCUCCCGGGACACAUUGGUACCACUCGCACGCUGGUGCUCAGAGGACUGACGGUUUGUUUGGAGCACUUAUUGUACAGGAGAGUGUCGAUAAAAGAAAGCUUGUUUCAGCUCUAUUAGGUGUGCCGCUCCCUGAUUCGACAAAAGAACACACUUUGACUUUUCUUGACUGGCAACGGGAAUCUUCUCUUAAUUUGUUUGUUCAACUGCAUUCUGCUCUCGGAUCUUAUCCCAACAAACCUGUUGGGGAAAUUCCCACAAGUGCUAAUACACUGUAUCUUCGUACAAGAAGCUCUGAUUAUAUUGAAGUUGGCCCACAACCAUAUUGGUCUGGGUUGAUAAAUGGAAGAGGGAGACACCGCAAAGUAGACUCAAGUUUCGCACCUAGUAAACUUAGUAUUUUCAAUGUUGUCAAAGAUCAAAGAUACCGCUUUCGAUUGAUUGGUGCCCAAAGCUUGUUUGCAUACAAAUUUUCUAUCGAUGGACAUAAACUCCUUGUAAUAGCUUCAGAUGGACACUUUUUUAAGCCUGUAAAAGAUGUCGAUUAUGUUAUAGUGCACACUGGAGAACGCUACGAUGUGAUCGUAACUGCUGAUCAAUCUACGAAUAAUUACUGGAUUAGAGCAGAAACAUUGGAAACUGGUGUUGAAAAUGCUGCAGAAGCCAUUCUUCACUAUAAUGCACUAGGUGUGCUUGAUGUUGAAGGUCUUUCUGAGUAUGGCAGUGUUUCGACUUCAAAAAGGCAAUGCACUCCAGGCAAUAAAUGCAAAGUAGUUAAUUGCCCAUUUGGAGAAGCUCCGGACAUGAACUGUAUUCAUCUCCAUGAACUAAGUGCUCUCUUUCCCUCCAAAAUUCAGAGCAUUGCUAAUUCUAGUUCUGCUUUAUUUUUCAAUUUUGGCUUUGAGGGAAGUGGGACCACUAGUGCAAUUAAUGGCCGAAAUUUCAAACUCCCAGUAACUCCGUACCAGACGUAUGUGGACGCAUACGAAAAUGAUAAAAACAUACAGAGAGGUUGUGGAAAAUGUGAUCAAAAUAGUGAUAGUACCAAGUGUGAAUGCACUUACGUUGUGGAAAUUGGCAAUUCGUUGUUUGAUAGCGAAAACAUUCCAACCAUUAUAUUUGUCCUAAGUGCAGUGGGAUAUGAAAAUAAUAAUAAUAGAGAGUUCUCACAUCCCGUUCAUCUUCAUGGACAUUCAUUCAAUGUACUUAGUGUAGAACAUGGGAAAUACAAUGAAAGUACUGGUAUGCUUUUGGAGAGCAACUGUGAUGUAGUCUGCAAUAACGAAUUGUGCCGUAACCCACGAUGGAAUUCUACAAAAGAGCCACCAGAUUUUAGCAAUACUAACAUAAAUAUGAAAAUCCAAAAGGACACUGUGAUCGUCCCGGCUGGAGGUUAUGUUGUGAUUGCCUUCCAAGCUGACAAUCCCGGCUACUGGUUCAUGCACUGCCACAUUGAGUCUCAUCAGCUCGAGGGGAUGGGUGUCAUCAUUCGAGAGUACGACGAGAGUGCACACGUUGCGGCACCGGAUGGUAUUAACAAGGUCGGGGAUUUUGUGUGGAGUGUUGAGGAUUAUAAAAAAAUUGUUGGCACUCCAGGGGGUGCUGUUAGCAUAUAUACGAUACAUAUUGGAGCGACCAUUCUGGGUGUAGCCAUAGCCCUUGUACAGAUCUCACUAUAGUACUGAAUAUGUGUAUAGGAAAGACCACUUAAUUCUUUCGUUUGAUGAUACAACUAGACUAUAGCUGUUAGAAGCUUCAGUACCCGUAGUAUUAGCUAGCUAUAAUUAUCGUGCAUUGCAUUGUUAUAUAGCUGAACUCUUGCUGCACCACUGUUGUAUAAUAAGUGCUCUUUACCAAAUUCUUAGUUAAUUGCUAUA